AUGCACUUUUCCUACCUCGCUACGACAGCCCUUGUGUCCCGAGCCCUGGCUGCGCCACCCAAAUGGAACACUCCAACUCUGCAACAUUGGCUAUACAGUAGUCAAGUCGACGAACAGUCCCUAGACCUACUGGAUCGACCUGACAUUGUUGGAAUCCAAGCCCUAUAUAGCUGGAGGUCUCUUGAGCCAGCUGAGAGUCACUACAACUUUACCGUCAUCAAAAAUGAUUACGACAAAGUAAUGGCCAAAGGCAAGAAAUUUUGGAUACAGCUCCAAGAUAGAACCUUCAGCGCGGGUAACGAUCCUGUCCCAAAGUAUAUGCACACUCCUUACUACAACAACGGAAGUGCACCUUCCUGCGACGGUGACUCUUGUGACACCGACUUCGAGGUUACUGGAUGGGUAGCGCAGCAAUGGAACCUGAGAGUCCGCCAGCGCUAUCAAGCUCUUCUGAGUGCAUUGGCCAAGGACUUUGAUGGCAAAAUUACUGGUCUCAAUCUGGCAGAGACGUCGAUUGCGGUGGAUGAAGACGCGAACAAUUACACCAACGAGGGCUACUUUUUGGGAGAGCUGGAAAACGCUGGGCACGCGGCCAGGGUCUUCAAAAGGAGCUAUGCCGUGCAGUACGUCAACUUCUGGCCUGAUGGCUGGAACAAUACCAACAACCGCUUCGAGGACUCGUUCAACUAUUACGCGAAGCACGGAGUCGGAGUCGGUGGGCCUGACUUGAUCCCAAACAAGCCAGGACAGGAGGCGAACUCGUAUGUCUAUAUUCCAAAGUUUCACGGCACAGUCCCCAUAGCGGUUGUAGCGGUUCAAGAGAAGGACUUGGAGGAGAUCAACCAAGAGACUGGGCAGCCUUUCACGAAGGACGAGUUUGUGGAUUUUGCGGUUAAUGAGCUGCAUGUUGAUAUCAUCUUCUGGGCACUUGCGACACCUUGGCUGCAAAGUAGCUGA